UUUUUACUACUGCUCAACAGAGUCUAAUUUUUAGACUAAUGAAGUGCGGAAGGUAAAAAAAUAAAAAAAUAAGAAAAAAAAGAAAAAAAAAAAACACUAUUACUGCUAAGAAGUUCAGCAGCGCUUCGUAUUUGAUUUUUACCCAUGUCUCUCAAAUUCAUUCAAGGAAACCCCGUAAGUAUAUAAGCAUAUAAUUAGCGAGGAAUCACACGUCAAUAAACCAACGCGAAUCCGAUCUAAAUACUUCACGUAAAAAUGUCUUUCAUAAAAAAAGAAGAGGAAGAAGUAGAUUUCGUGAAUGUCAAAGAAAGUAUUGAAACAAUUGUCGAGUCAUUUUUAAAACAGUUAGCAGAUCCCAGCAAAACACCUGCAUUCCUAAGUCUUUCAAAAAGAAAGUCGAAUGGCCGCGUUUCCUCAUUCAAAAAUAGUCUCUCUAAAACUACUCGUCCUAAAAAAUACAAUAUAAUUAAGCACCCGGCAAAGGUUGCUCAAAUUUUACAGGUCUUGGAUUGUAUACACGAGGCCAUCGACACAGAAAGCGUGGUUACCAAAAGAGACAUAUUUUAUCACGAUGUUCAAUUAUUCAAAAGACAGGCAGUUGUUGACGAAUUGAUCGAAGACAUUGCCUGCACUAUAGGUUGUCCUAGAUCAGCACUAAAUGUGGAAGCAUCCGGAAAAGGGCUCGUUUACGGUCCUCUAACCAUAAAUCUGCAAGAAGGAGUCAAGCUGGAAACAUCCAAGCCGACCUUGAUUAGCUACCACCCAAUAUCCUCAAUAGAUUCUACGGCAAAAUGGGUUUUAGUAAUUGAAAAAGAAGCAGUGUUUCAAACCCUCGUAGAGCGUGGGCUAGAAGAUAUAAUACUUAUUACGGCAAAGGGAUUUCCUGAUAUGUCCACCAGAAAAUUGUUGCUCGAAAUCACAAAAUAUCUACCAGAACUGCCUAUAUUUGGAAUUUUUGAUUGGGACCCCUAUGGAAUUUUAAUAUAUUCUUGCUACAAACAUGGUUCGAAGGCUAGUGGCUAUGAAAGUUCCAUACUACUGCCUCAGUUACAAUUUCUGGGUCCCUUUUACCAAGAUAUAUUUCCAAAAAAUUACAGCUAUUCUCUUUCUUUAGGGAAGCGUGAUGUUAAAGUUGCCAGCAACUUGCUUCAAUCCGAUUGUUUACGCUACGAACCCCAUAUGCGUGAACAACUACAGAGGAUGCUUUUCCUACAGAAAAAGGCAGAAUUGCAAGCAAUACCAAACCUUUUUAAGUGGGUUGAACAAAAAUUACUCGAAACCAAGUGGAAAUCUUAA